AUGUAUAGCUAUCAUCAGUCCCCUGAUGAGUACGAGAAGACAGAUCUUGUGGGAAAGGGCUCCUUUGGAUCUGUAUACAAAGCAGUCCAUAAACCUACUCGACAAAUCGUCGCCGUUAAAAUUCUCAGUCUCGAUGUCGCGGAACAGGAGCUUGUGGAUGUACAACAAGAAAUUCAGUUGCUGAGUCAAUUGAAAGCUGCGGAAGGUGUCAAUGUUACAAAGUACUAUGGAGCAUUUAUGAAAGGGGACGAGCUAUGGAUUAUUAUGGACUACUGCAGCGGGGGCAGUGUGAGGACAUUGGUAGGUCGCAUCAGUGAAAGAUACCUUACUAUCAUCAUCCGGGAGACGGUCAGUGCACUAGCUUUCAUACAUAAAUUCGGAGUCAUCCAUCGAGAUGUCAAAGCUGCCAACAUCCUCGUCGGAAACGACGGGAGGGUGCAACUUUGCGAUUUUGGUGUUUCUGCACUGGUCCAAAAUCCUAAUGUUAAGAGGAGUACAUUCGUCGGAACACCUUGGUGGAUGGCACCAGAGGUUAUUCUCGAGAAUCAGAGCUACAACUACAAAGCCGACAUCUGGUCUCUAGGGAUCACCAUCCUAGAAAUAGCGAAUGGUCACCCCCCAUAUCACGAUCAGGAACCAAUGCGAGCUUUGUUGAUGAUUCCACGGCAACCCCCUUCACGUCUGGAGGGCGGAGACUGGUCGCAAGCGUUAAGAGAUUUCGUUUCUUACUGCUUGUGUGAGAUGCCGGAAGAACGUAUGUCUGGCGAAGAGCUUGCGAAACAGAAACUGCUCAAAAGUGUUAGCCGGACGCCGGUAUCCAUCUUGAAGGACCUCGUUGUAAGACUCGAGGAAUGGCAACGGAAAGGAAACGUCCGAAAUUCCCUAAUGGGGGGACCUCAUGCCAUGAAUGCUAUGCGUGGAGCGGAUGACGACGAGAUAACGUGGGACUUCGAUGAAAAUGCGGAUGAUUCUACAGCCACGAGUGUCAAUUAUGCCCAGAGGCACAUGCCUCAAGGCUCGCUCACUUCGUUUAUCUCCAUUGACAGUACCGACACUCUCAAACCGGUCCCUACAACAGCGACUUCGAAGCCCAUUCACGCUGGGACAGACCAUCCUCUAUUGCAACUUUUUGCUAGCGACCCAUCUGCCACGGGCCUUAUGAGCCCACCGGUACAAGCUACCUUGCAGCCCGCUUUCCAACCGGCAUCGACGUCACAGAAACCUCCACCGCCUUCUUUUAGGUCACCGGCAAGUACAAGACCGACAAGCCCGGAGCCUUUGAUGACUAUCGACCUCCCUUCAUUUGAUGAAAUCGAUGGCGAUAUAGUUGCGCCAAAGGGGACUUCACCGGCUCCCAUAAUGCAAAUCGAACUACCAUCAGUCGAGGAGUUUCAGACGAUGAGACAAGCUACCACCCCAUUGUCACAGGCCCACGUCGUUCCCACUGUCCCCUCCGCACCUAUGCUUGCACCUUCGGUUAACGUAGAUCGCCCAGAUAAAUUAUCUAGUGGCCGUCCUCACAGAAGUGAUAGAGGCCUACACAUGCCUAGCAAGAGUGCGGAUAUUCCUCCCACGCAUUUUGGUCAUGGGCCAACCUCACCUAUGAGAAAACCAUCGGCAAUGCCACCCCCCCAGACACCAGAAGACCCGUCAAAGAAAGCUUCGGAGACAAUACCAGUGUCUGCCCCGUCUUCACCACCGAGGAGUAGGACCAAGAUUACUCAUGCUAUAGGGGCGGCUGGGAUAUCUGGGUUGAAUGCUGCUAACGGCGGAUCUGGACGAAAAACACAUCAUUUACCAUCCCUUUCGGCACCUCAAGUAUCCUAUCGUGAUGGCCCUACCUCUGAACCAGUACCCCCGGUUCCAAAUAUAUCCGAUCUAAAUAAGACGAAAUCUGCGGAGUCGACUCCGCAAUCGUCGAAACCUCGCUUAGUUGUGGACCCAGAUGUCCCCAAACCUUCUGUCCCUUCGGUUAUCACUGCCACUCCUCCUAGUGUCCAUUCGACCCCACGAGGAACUCCUGGCUUCAAACGAGCAGAUCUAAGCUUGAAGCUUCCUGCUCCCUCAAUUCACGGUAUCGAGAUACAAAACAAUCCACAGAUGCCUCACUCGCCUGGACGGUUUCUUUCACCUUUCGCAAACAGCUCAGGAUUCGGGUCACAGACCCCGACCCCAACAGCUGCAAGCCAUGCACAAUCAUUUCAUCUUGGUAUACCGUCACAGCCGCCCCCGGUGUCAAUGGACCCCUGGGGGAUGCCUUACAACGUGGCACUAAACCCCAACGUUUUCUUCCCUAGUGCUUCAAACGAAGAAGUUUUGUCAGAGCUCAAUAGGAUGAUGAUUUUGCUUGACAGCUCACUCAAUGUUUUCGCCCAUGGACUAAAACAAAUGCAAAACCAAGGGAAGGGACAGCCCGGGCCUGCUUCAGGACCUAAUAACCCCCCCAUUGCCAUCAAAAUGGCAAAGAAGAAGAGAAAGGCUGGCGUGGACCAGGCUAAGCAGUCUGACACCGAAGGCUUCGCAAGCGAGGCAAGCCAGGCUGCUGAUUAA